UUACGCAGUUUUCGUGGCCGGAACGCGAGGUUGGCGGAAGCUGUUGCGAUUCAGAGCGAAAACGUGGUCUGUGAGAAGUGUGUUUGAGUGCACGUCUUUUCGGUCCGGUAUACCGACUUAUUAGAUAGAAAACAUGUUCCUGCAGUAUUAUCUGAACGAACAAGGGGACCGGGUGUAUACCAUGAAGAAAGUAGCUCCAGAUGGACAGCAGACCUCCUCAGCUCACCCUGCCCGAUUCUCCCCUGAUGAUAAAUAUUCUCGGCACCGCAUCAACCUGAAGAAGAGAUUUGGCCUUUUGUUGACCCAACAGCCAAGACCCGUUAUGUGAGCCCUCUGGAGAGCGACAAUUUCUAAUAAAAGUUGCUGCGUUACCAUCACGCGUGCCUAUGCUGGAAAUAGACUGCACAAAAGAAUAA